GCGCCAACAACGAGUCUACACUCUACACAAACACUUAGCUACUAGUACUCCGUAUUAAGUGAUUGCACUAAAACAACAACAUUAUGAACUAAAACUCUAAAACUAACACAAUUAUGCAUGUUAUGUCAAACACCACAAAUUUGAUUCACACCAUAAGAGACCUUCUUGCACAAAAAUCACCAAGAAAAGCCCUUCUUCUCUAUCCCCAGUUUCGCCGCCAAAAAGAAUGCAAUUCAGGAGUAAUCCCUUUAAUCCUUAAAGCUUGUUCUAAUCUUUCAUUGUUAAAUCAUGGGAAAUCUCUUCACGCUGAAUCAUUGAAACACGGGGUUGAUAUUGAUGUUACAAUCGGAACCUCGUUGUUGGGUAUGUACGCAAAAUGCAGGGACAUUAUAUAUGCACGCAAGGUGUUUGAUUAUAUGCCUCAGAGAAAUGUGACCACAUGGAAUGCAAUGGUAGCUGGGUACUUGUUUUCUGGAGAUUCUGCAUCUGCAUUGUCGUUGUUUAAGGCUAUGCCGGAGAGGACAGUGGUUACAUGGAAUGAAAUGAUUCGUGGGUUUGCGAAGAUUGGGAAUAUGGCUAUGGCUAGGGAGUUGUUUGAUGAGGUUCCAGUGAAGAUGAAGACUGUUGUAACUUGGACUGUGAUGGUUGAUGGGUAUGCUAGGAAUGGGUUAAUGGGGGAUGCAAGGGAAGUAUUGGAGGUUAUGCCGAAAAGAAACUGUUUUGUUUGGUCAGUGAUGAUUUCGGGGUAUUGCAAGAUGGGUGAAGUUGAGGAAGCCAAGGGUAUAUUUAAUCGAACUCCCGUAAGGAACUUGGUGAUUUGGAAUUCAUUAGUGUCUGGGUUGGCUCGAAAUGGGUUUUGUGAAGAAGCGAUUGUAGCAUAUAGAGAAAUGCAGGUGGACGGGUUUGAGCCUGAUGAAGUGACGGUAACCAGUGUGUUAUCUGCUUGUUCGCAGUUGGGUUGUUUGGAGGUUGGUAAAGGGGUUCAUUCAUUGAUUUUUGAGAAGGGGAUUGAGCUUAACCACUUUGUUCUCAACGGAUUAGUUGACAUGUAUGCAAAAUGUGGUGAUUUGAAUACUGCAAGGUCGAUUUUUGAGGGGAUGAGUCGAAGGAAUCACAGUUGCUGGAAUUCUAUGAUUACUGGUUUAGCUGUUCAUGGAAAAUGUCAGGAAUCUGUUGAACUCUUUUAUCAGAUGGAGGAUGCUGGUGUGAAGCCAGAUGUAAUAUCUUUUCUUUCUGUUCUUUCAGCUUGUGCUCAUGGUGGGCUUUUGCAAGAAGGUUUAAACAUAUUCUCGAAGAUGGAAAAGUACGGACUAAAACCAGGAGUUAAGCACUAUGGUUGCGUUAUAGACCUAUUGGGAAGAGGAGGGAGGUUAAAGGAGGCAUUUGAUUUGGUCAAGAGUAUGCCUAUGAGACCAAAUGAUGCAAUUUGGAGAACACUACUUGGAGCUUGUCGGGUUCAUUCAGAAGCCACUUUGGCUGAGGAGGCACUCGAAGAAAGUAGCCACAUUGAUUCUAGAAAUUCACAUUAUGUUCUCAUGUCCAACAUCUAUGCUGAUUCAGAACAAUGGGAGAAGGCUGAGGAAAUAAGAACUGCCAUGAUUGACAAAAGCUAAAACUCCUGCAUCUAGGGCUCCGUUUGGUUGGGUGUAAAACAUUUUUAGUGUAAAAUGAUUUUCAUGGAAAACAAUUUACAACGGUAAACACAAUUCCACAAUUAGUUAUCCGUUGUUUGGUUUCCAUGUAAGAAAGAUGAUGAAAUGAAAGAGAAAGUAAGCAGUUAGUGCGAGGAGUGUACAAGAGAGAUGAGGAAAAGGAAGGAAAGCAGUUUUCCUUUCAUUUUGAAGGGAAAAUGGUUUUCCAUUAUUGAGAGAACAAUUUUACUCCUAGGGAAAAUGGUUUUACACUCCUUUGCAAACCAAACAAUGUAAAAUUGAAAAUAGAGGAAAACUGUUUUCCAUGAAAAUGUUUUAAGCCUUACCAAAUAGAGCCCUAGGUCAUUCAUGUUCCUUAGUGAAAAAGCAGCUUUUCACCUGUGAGUCAGUUAUCUGUGAUCUGUCUAUAAAUGAUAUUUCCACUGAAGCUCUUUAUAGAUAAAUACAGACUGUUGCAAAAUGAGUAGUUGAUCAUUGUUCACCUUGUCUGAUGAAGCUAGCAGUCAGACCUGAUAAA